ACACAGGGGCCCCAUGAUCCCCUAUUGCCCAGGGGCCCCCAUUCUGUAUCUGCCAUCCUUCUCUGCCAAUACCUCCAUUGGCCUCCAUUCAGUGUCCUCCACCCCUCUCUGCCAAUUCCUUCACUGGCCUCCAUUCAGUGUCCUCCACCCCUGUCUGCCAAUCCCUCCACUGCUCUCCACUCAGUGUCCUCCACCCCUCUCUGCCAAUCCCUCCACUGGCCUCAAUUCAGUGUCCUCCACCCCUCUCUGCCAAUCCCUCCACUGGCCUCCAUUCAGUGUCCUCCACCCCUUUCUGCCAAUCCCUCCACUGGCCUCCAUUCAGUGUCCUCCACCCCUCUCUGCCAAUCCCUCCACUGGCCUCCAUUCAGUGUCCUCCACCCCUCUCUGCCAAUCCCUCCAAUGGCUUCCAGUGUCC